AUGUCAUCAGCCAAAAUCCUGAACGAAGAGCCCACUGAGUUGGAGCUGCAAGUCGCCCAAUCAUUUGUUGACUUGGAAGCUAACUCCCCAGACUUAAAGGCUGACUUGAGACCUUUGCAAUUCAACUCCAUCAAGGAGAUUGAGACUGAGAGCGGAAAGACUGCCAUCGUAAUCUUUGUACCAGUUCCUCUGUUGACUGCUUUCCACAAGGUACAAAUCAAGUUGACCAGAGAGUUGGAGAAGAAGUUCCCUGACCGCCAUGUCGUUUUCUUGGCUGAGAGAAAGAUCACCCCAAAGAUUCCAAGAGGACCAAAGGUUGUCCAGAAGAGACCUAGAUCUAGAACCGUCAAGGUCGUUCACGAGAAGAUUUUGGAGGACUUGGUUUUCCCAACCGAGAUUAUCGGUAAGAGAAUCAGAUACUUGGUCGGUGGUGACCAAAUCACCAAAGUUUUGCUUGACUCCAAGGACUCUUCCAACAUUGACUACAAGCUUGACUCUUUCCAGGCUGUCUACGGUAAGCUGACUGGUAAGCAAGUUGUCUUCGAGAUCCCAAGUGAAACUUUAUAA